AUGCCAAGGCUAAAACGGCUAUGGAUUGGCAAUCUUCGGUCGAAUGAAAUGUUCUUUCAAAACAUAUACAACUACUUGUUAUGUCGUGACUACGAUGAGUUUGUGGUAACAUUGGCUGGCGAAGAUGGUAGGUCUUGUUCUGUAAUAUUAUACUUGGCUUAUAGUCAUAUUUUACAGCAUUUAACAAGAAUUUUCUGUAUAUAGCCAGUGUUUACUGUGUAUAAUUAGAGUUUACUGUAUAUGAUGAAAGUUUACUGUAUAUAACGGUAGUUUAUCAUGUAUAAUUAGAGUUUACUGUACAUAACGAGGCUUUACUGAAUAUAGCGAGAGCUUACUAUGUAUAAUCAGAGUUUACUGUAUAUAAUUAUAGUUUACAGUAUACAAUGAUAACGUACUGUAAAUAUGUAGAGUUUACUAUAUAAAACCAGAGAUUCUUGUAUAUAAUGACAUUUUACUGUAUAUAGGGAGUGUUUAUUGUAUGUGACGAGAGUUACUGUAUAUAAUUAAAGUUCACUGUGCAUAACGAGACUUUAUCACACUAAUGCAACCUAAUUUCAGAAGUCCGCCGAUGGCUCCAAAUAGCACCGUAUCUUCGAACGCGCAAGUUACGUAUCAUCCUAUCAGAGCAUUUUAACAUUCCGGCAGAUCGACUGAUUCCGAAGGAUGUGCAAUAUAAGGAUUUGGUCGAGGUUGUGAUAGAUGUCAGCCGAUGUCCCGAGUACUUUGGCGACAUCUUCCCAUCGUUCAUCAAGGCUGUGAGGAAUAGCACCGAGUCGAGUAUAUUCAGGUUGUUCUCGGUUAUUGGAACCGAGUUGAAUUGGAACAACUUUGCUGAGUUUUAUGACCCUGCCGACUUUAAAAUGAAUAGUGUAGGUUUAUAUUGGCAGUUUUUAAUUUUUCUGUUUUAUUUGGAGUUUUUAUAAUGUUGACAUUUUUCAUUAAGGAAGACAAUAUAGAAGUAGACUUUACUGUACGGUAAGACAAAGCGGUUUAAUUGUGGGAGGGUAAUCUAGAGUAUGGUAGGGUAAUUUAAGGUAAGUUAAGGUAGAGUAAAAUAUGAUAUGGUAGGGUAAGGCAAGUUUACGGUAGAGUAAGAACAGUUAGAGUAUGGUAGAGUAAGGUAAGAUAGGGUAUGGUUGAGUAAGGUAGGUUAGGGUAUGGUAGAGUUAGGUAAGGCGGGUUAACUUAAACGUAGGGUACUUCAGCGUAUGAUAAAAUAAGGCAAGGUAUGGUUGGGUAGUGUAGAGUAGGGUAGAGAAAGGUAUGUUUAGAGUAUGGUGGAGUAAGGUAAGGUAGCGUAAAGUAAGUUUGGGGUAGGCUAAAAUAUGGUAAGGUAGGGUAUGAUAGAGUAAGAUAAGUUUAAGGCAUGGUAAAGUAGGGUAAGUUAGAGUAUACUAGAGUAAGGUAAGCUAGAGUAAAGUAAGUUUAGGGUAUGGUAGAGUAAGAUAAGUUAGAAUAUGGUAGCGUCAGGCAAGGUCGGGUAAGGUAUGUUCAGAGUAUAGUAGAGCAAGUUAAGCUAGAGUAGGGUACGAUAGAGUGUGGUAGAGUAAGGUAAGGUAAAAUACGGUAAGUUUAAUGUAUGGUAGAGUAAUUUAAGGUAGGGUGGUAUAGUAAGUUAUAGUAAAAAUGAAAUUAUGCAUUAAGAGGUAGAUUUUACCUAAAAUUUCAAAAAAUAAUUUAAAAAUCAAUUUCAGGGCGACAACUUAUGGUCCUGGGCUGCUGUAUCAAAAAUGAUCAAGAAGUACGGAACAGCGUACACAGCGUUCCGUGACUUUCAAAUUCUACCAUUAUUAAACUCAUCGUUUCACUGCCCAUUCAACGUUCAAAUACAUGUGGUUUGUGCUGGCAGGGAGUACGAAGGCAUGAAAAAAGUGAGUUUUUUUUCGUUUUAUUGGUUCGUAUUUUAAAAAUUGGUACAUAUGGUGGUGUGGUGGGUUCAGGGUAUACUACAUUACUAUAGGCGAAACUCAGGGACCGACAUUUUAUGUUGGUUAUAGAAAGGUUUCGUUACUAUCGGCUCUUUACGUGCCUUCUCUGGCUAUUAAAAUAUUUACUGUCUUUGGCUAUAAAAGUAUAUACAUUCUCUGACUAUAACAAUAUCACUUUCAGCGACACUUCCAAACCCUAGACUUUGUCUACUUUUACUGCUACCAUCGUGUCUACAUGGGUCGAGAGAUCGACGGCGUCCAUCAACGCUUCAUGAACAACAACCUGGCUUGUGUUUACGGCCAUCGCUACUGGCACAUUAUUCAUAAAGUGUUUGUAAGAGGUCAAACUGAAGUGGAAUGCCCACCCAUGGAAGAGCCCAUGCAGUUGGGACAGACACAAGCGUUACAGGAGUUUGUUAGCAAGUAAGUCACAUGUUAGAUAUGAUAUUAUAUAAAGUUUUUUGUGGUUUUAUAGAGGGGUGCUUAAGUUUGGCUUUUUUAUAGGUUCAAAAUGUAAAGGUUGGGCUUAAAAUCUGAUUUUGUGAGUGUAUAGGGGGGGGGGGGGGAAGGCACUGAGAUAUUUUUAAAAAUUGACAAGUAUCUAACUCGUAUUUUAAAAUUUUUUUAUUUCAGAAUCAAAUGA